GGUGUGGUGGAGUUUUUAUCACCACGAGAAAAUCUCCUCCCACCCCGCUUUUCCCGCUCCUUCUUGAAUCUCAUCACUCCACAGGCUCCAGGCUCCAGGAGAGAGAGAGAGAGAGAGAGAGAGAGAGAGAGAGAGAGAGAGAUAUGGGAGAGGAGGGAGAGAAGUUAGAGAGAAAAAGUGAGAGUGAGGCAAGUGGAAGAGGAGGUCCUGUCAUGGACACACCAGAGAGGAACCGGAUCACUACCUCCGUCUCCAACUUCGAGGAUUCUCCUGUGUUUAACUAUAUCAGCAACCUUUCUCCUAUCAAGUCGGUUAAGUCUCUUCGUAUUAGUCAGACAUUCAACUCGUUUAGUUUUUCAUCGCUUCCAUCUAUUUUCACUUCACCACAUAUCAGUUCCCUCAAGGAAUCUCGAUUCUUAAGAAGGCAUAGUUUCUCAGAUCCAUCGAAACCUGAGUUUUCUUCUGAUAAUGGGAGCAAAGUAGAUAACGUUGACGGGGGUAUAGAUGUUGCUCAUAACUCCGAUGAGCGAAGUUUUGAUCCUGGGAGUAGCAUGGUUGAAGCUUUUGUUGAUCCAACUUAUGAAUGUUCGAAUCUUGCAAUUGAGGUCUCACAAACUGUAAACAAUAGUUGUCGUAGCCCUGAUUGUAGCACGAUGCCUCAUCGUGGCAUUGGAACCACAGAAACAUUUGUCCAUGAGAUCUCUAGAAGUGGUUUUGUAGGAAGUGAGGGCCAUUUAGAGAGGAAAAGAAACAUUGAGCAAAAUAAAGAAGGGGCUGGAUGCGAUUGGGAGAGCUUGAUUUCUGAUGCUACCGAUUUGUUAAUAUUUGAUUCGCCCAACGGGACAGAGUCUUUUAAUGGCCCUUUCCAGGAGCCAUCGGAUUCUCGAAUGAGGUUAUCUACUUCUCUUGUAUCAGAGUUCUCGCACUAUGAAAUUAAUGGUUUACAGAAAACACAAACUGUUUGUCCUACUGUGGUUGAAGACAGUGACUCAGAAAAUCCUCCCUCUCACGUUGGAGAAGAAGGGCAUCUAAAGGAAUUAGAAGCAACUGGAGACAUUCUUGCUGGUACUUCUCUAAAUACAUGCAUGGAUGGGGAGCCAAGCGAACAAUUUGAUAACGAGGAUUUUUCUGGUUUACAUCGUGGUAUGAGAAGGCGCUGUCUAGUUUUUGAAAUGGUUGGAACUCGCAGAAAGCGUAUAGAAGAUGGUUCAAGUUCUGGCUCCCCCCUAUUAGCCCAAUCUGAAGUCAAUAUUGAGUCCAACGAUAAGCAGCUGGUUCCUACCAACAAUGGUUCUUCCCGCUGCAUUGUACCUGGAAUUGGGUUGCAUUUAAAUGCUCUUGCAAGAACUUCAAAGGAUCACAAUGUUUUCAGCCACGAAACUUUGACUACUGAAAAUCGUCUGAUAAGUGAUCCUAGCUCCACUGGCUCUUUUCAUUCUUGGAAUACUGGUCAAGAACCUCUAAAUAAAUCUCUAGCAGUGACAACUAUGGAAAGAAAUAGAGGUGAUCCUGAUACUCAAUCUCGUGGUACAGAAGAUGCUUCUCCAGCAUCUGGAUAUGUAGCUGGUGAAGAGAUUAGUCAGGGUAGUCCAAAAAAGAAAAGGCGUAGACUUGAAAAUGCUGGAGAGACUGAGAGCUGUAAGCGCUGUAACUGUAAGAAAUCAAAAUGUUUGAAACUUUAUUGUGAAUGCUUUGCUGCCGGUGUCUAUUGUGUGGAGCCAUGCUCAUGUCAAGACUGCUUCAACAAGCCUAUUCAUGAAGCUACGGUCCUUGAAACUCGCAAACAGAUUGAAUCGCGCAACCCGCUUGCAUUUGCUCCAAAAGUGAUCAGGAGCUCUGAUUCUGUUCCUGAAAUUGGGGAUGACUCAAGUAAGACUCCAGCUUCAGCAAGGCAUAAAAGGGGAUGCAAUUGCAAGAAAUCUGGUUGCUUAAAGAAAUACUGUGAAUGUUACCAGGGUGGCGUUGGAUGCUCGAUUAACUGCAGAUGUGAAGGGUGUAAAAAUGCAUUCGGGAGAAAAGACGGAUCUACCUUAGUAGGAGCGGAAACUGAACUGGAAGAAGAAACAGAAACAUGUGAAAAGAGUGUCGUGAAUGAAAAUCUACGGAAAAGAUUCAGCCCAAACGCUAUUGAACAGAAUCCAGAUUCUACUCUUCCCGCAACACCUUUCCAAAGCAGGUACAUGGCAUCUCUUCAGUUACCAUUUUCCUACAAGAACAAACCACUUCGAUCUUCUUUCCUUUCUAUCGGAUCCUCUUCUGGGUCUUAUACUUCCCAAAGGUUUGGAAUGCCGAAUUUUUUGCAACCUCAGCAUAAGUUUGAGAAGCAAAUCCCAGCAAUCGAGGAAGACGAAAUGCCGGAGAUUCUUCAAGGGAACUGCUCUCCUAUUGGCAAUGGUGGCAUCAAAUCCGGCUCUCCAAAUAGUAAGAGAGUCUCUCCUCCUCACUGUGACUUUGGGUCAACCCCUAGUCGGAGGAGCAGCCGGAAGCUAAUUCUGCAAUCCAUUCCUUCAUUUCCUUGUCUCACCCCCAAGGACUAAGGCUCUGUCCGUUCAACGCAAACUUUAGGUGAAAUUCUUUUUCAUCUUUAUUGUAGUAAUAAGUUUUGAUGUUCUUAGUUGUAUGUUAUUUCAGAAUGUGUUAUCUUAUGUUCUUGUAAAACAACAAUAUUGUGGUUCUCAUAAUGAAUAACUGCUUUCCAAUGGUUGUUCA